ACUACUCGCGAGUGCCGAUGGCUGGGGCAGCCGAGCCGGCGGGGCUGGGCGCAGAGCGGUGAGAAAAGCGCCUUUCCAGCGAUUUAGAGUCGGGAAAACGAGAGGUGAAAUGUUCCAGCAUUCCCAGCUGAGGAAGCAGAGGGAGAUGGAGACUGCCCCCUGAUUCCCAACCUCAGGCAGCACCAGGAGUGGCAAAACCCAGGAGAGAAGAACCCUCCCAACCCCAGUGCUGAAAGAUGGCACCAGCUGCUCCAAGAGAAGCAGGAGUGUGGAGGCAAACCCGAGCUCUGUUGUUCAAGAAUUGUCUCAUUAAGUGCAGGACUAAGAAAAGCAGUGUCCAGGAAGUGCUUUUCCCACUGUUUUUCCUGUUCUGGCUGAUCCUGAUGAGCAUGAUGCACCCUCACAGGAAAUUUGAUGAGGUGGCCAACACAGACCUGGGCCCCCUGGACACCUCAGUGCUGGUGAAUUUUGUCAUUGGCUACACCCCCCCCACGGCCUUGGCUCGGGAAAUCAUGAAGAAAGUGGCUUUUGAUAACUUUGAGGAUGGGCUUAUCACAGAGGAAUAUUUGAGUGAGGAGGAGCUGGAAGAAGCAAGUUUUCUCAAACCCUCCAACUUUGUGGGGGUGGUGUUCAAGGAUUCCAUGUCCUACCAGCUGAGGUUCCACGACUCCAUUGCCAUGUCCUCCAUCUAUACAGAAUCCAGAGCCACCUGCUCCAGCCUGAGGAAGAGCUGUGAGUCUGUGACCUACUGGAGCUCAGGGUUCACAGCACUGCAGGCCUGCAUUGAUGCUGCCAUCAUCCAGCUGAAAACAAACCAUUCUGUUUGGGAACAGCUGGAUCUGACCAGAGCCAUGGUGAUGGGAGAGGCUGCAGUGGUGGAAAUUGAUAAUUUCCCUCGUGCAAUCAUUUUAAUUUACCUGGUGAUUGCAUUCUCUCCCUUUGGGUAUUAUUUGGCAAUUCACAUCGUGGCAGAAAAGGAGAGGAAGCUGAAGGAGUUCUUGAAAAUUUUGGGACUCCAUGACACUGCCUUCUGGCUGUCCUGGGUGCUGCUCUACGUGAGCCUGAUUUUUGUCAUGUCCAUCCUCAUGGCAGUGAUUGCCACAGCCUCGUCCCUCUUCCCCCAGAGCAGUGCCUUUGUCAUAUUCCUCCUUUUCUUCCUCUAUGGAGUCUCCUCAGUUUUCUUUGCCCUGAUGCUGACUCCUCUGUUUAAGAAAUCCAAGCACGUGGGGAUUGUGGAGUUCCUGGCAACUCUGGUUUUUGGCUUUGUGGGUCUCAACAUUGUCCUGCUGGAGGAUUUCCCCAAAUCCUUCGUGUGGAUCCUCAGCCCUUUGUGUCAGUGCAGCUUCCUGAUUGGUGUUGCACAGGUCAUGCAUCUGGAGGAUUAUGAAGAUGGGGCAACAUUUGCAAACAUCAAUGCUGGUCCUUACCCUCUGUGUAUCUCUCUGAUUCUCCUGGUGCUGGACAGCAUCUUCUACCUGCUUGUAGCUGUCUACCUUGACCAGGUGAUCCCAGGGGAGUUUGGGCUGCGGCGCACGCCCUUCUUCUUCAUGAAGCCCUCCUUCUGGUCAAAGCACAGGAAAAACUACAAGGAGCUCUAUGAGAGCAGCAUCAAUGGCAGCCUGAGCUUCAGUGAGAUUGUGGAGCCUGUGCCUGCAGAGUUCCAGGGCAAGGAGGCCAUCAGGAUCAGCUGUGUUCAGAAAACAUUCAGGAAAAAGGGAGAAACCGUGGAGGCUCUGAGAAAUUUGUCCUUUGACAUCUACGAGGGGCAGAUCACGGCGCUGCUGGGGCACAGUGGCACCGGCAAGACGACGCUGAUGAACAUCCUGUGCGGGCUGUGCCCUCCCUCUGACGGGUUUGUGUCUGUCUACGGGCACAGAGUGUCUGAGAUCGAGGAGAUGCUGGAGGUGCGGCAGAUCGCGGGGGUGUGUCCCCAGGCCGACAUCCACUUCGACAUCCUGACUGUGGAGGAGAACCUCUCCAUCUUUGCUGCCAUCAAGGGCAUCCCCCAGAACGAUUUGAUACAGGAGGUGCAGAAGGUGUUGCUGGAUUUGGAGAUGCAGCCCAUCAGGGACAAUCAAGCCAAAAAACUGAGUGGGGGGCAGAAGAGGAGGCUGUCAGUGGGAGUUGCUGUUCUUGGGAACCCCAAGGUUCUGCUGCUGGACGAGCCCACGGCGGGGAUGGAUCCCUGCUCGCGCCACAUCGUCUGGAACCUGCUGAGAAGCAGGAAAGCCACGGGAGUGACCGUGUUCAGCACCCACUUCAUGGACGAGGCUGACAUCCUGGCAGAUCGCAAAGCUGUGAUUUCCCAGGGGAUGCUCAAGUGCCUCGGCUCCUCCCUGUUCCUCAAGAGCAAGUGGGGCAUUGGCUACCGCCUCAGCAUGCACAUCGAUGCCUACUGCCACACGGAGGCCACCACGGCGCUGAUCCGGCAGCACGUGCCCUCGGCCGGCCUGCUGCAGCACAACCCCGAGCAGCUGGUCUACAGCCUGCCCCUCAGGGACAUGGACAAGUUCCCAGGUUUGUUCUCUGACCUGGACACCCAUUCCCACCUGGGGGUCAUCACCUAUGGGGUGUCCAUGACCACGCUGGAGGACGUGUACCUGAAGCUGGAAGUGGAGGCAGAGAUUGAUCAAGCAGAUUACAGCGUGUUCCACUCCCAGCAAGCUCAGGAUGAGAUGGACACCAAAUCCCUGGAUGACAUGGAGCAGAGCCUGCUGGUGCUGUCUGAGGCCAAGGCACCAGCCAUGAGCAACUCAGCCCUGUGGAAGAAGCAGGUUUCCACCAUAGCCAAAGUGCAUUUCCUCAGUCUGAAACGGGAGAACAAGUGUGUCAGAGUUAUGUUGUUGCUUUUCCUCAUUUUCCUUGUAGUUCAGAUUUUGUUGUUUUUCAUACAUCACAUCAUCAAAAAUGCUGUGGCUGCCAUCAGACUCUCCCCAGAUCUGUACCUGCUGAAGCCUGGGGAGAGCUCUCACAAGUACAGGAGUCGGCUGCUGCUGCAGAACUCCACAGAGUCGGAUAUCAGUGACAUUGUGCACUCCCUGGGGAGCAUGAACAUCCUCUGGGAGAUGUUCAAUGACAGUGAUUAUGUCUCAGUGGCACCUCACAGUGCAGCUCUCAACGUGUUUGCCCUCGAGGCCAGGCAGAAUUAUGUUUUCAACAUCAUAUUCAACAGCACCAUGGUGCAUUCCCUGCCAGUUCUGAUGAAUAUUGUCAGCAACCUCCUGCUGCGCAGCCUGAACGUGACUGAGAGCAUCCAGAUCUGGAGCAACCCCUUGAUUCAGGAUCUUCCAGACACAAUUUUCAGGCUGGAGAUCUAUUUUGAAGCUGUGUUACUGGGAAUCAUCAUCACUGGGAUGCCACCCUACUUUGCCAUGGACAAUGCAGAAAACCAUAAGAUCAAGGCUUACACCCAGCUGAAGAUUGCAGGGCUCUACCCCUCAGCUUACUGGACUGGCCAGGCUGUGGUGGAUCUGCCUCUGUUCUUCUUCAUCCUCACCCUGAUGAUUGGCAGCCUCUUUGCCUUCCACUAUGGUGUUUAUUUCUACGUGGGCAAGUUCAUGGCUGUGAUUUUUUGCCUGAUUGGUUACGUCCCCUCUGUCGUGCUCUUCACCUACGUGGUCUCCUUCACCUUCAGAAAAGUCCAGAACACAAAGGAGUUCUGGUCAUUUAUAUUUUCAGUGACAGCCUUGCUCUGCACAGUUGUCACUGAAGUGUCUUUUUUCCUGGACCAUUACCUGGUAACCACGGUCCUGCAUUAUAUCUUCUCCAUCUUCAUUCCUAUUUAUCCUCUUAUUGGCUGCCUGAUCUGUUUUAUAAAGGUCUCAUGGAAAGGCAAGAGUGAGAGUGGAGGAUACCAUGACCCCUGGGACAGGCUGCUGGUGGCAGUUCUGGCUCCCUACCUGCAGUGUGUGGUGUGGCUGCUCCUGCUGCGCUGCUUCGAGCUGAAGAACGGAGGGAGGACGGUGAGAGAAGAUCCCUUCUUCAGGAAAUGUUUUAGCAAAGCCAAGCCCUGGAAGUUCCCAGAUGUGCCCCACGAGGAGAACGAGGACGAGGACGUGAAGGCAGAGAGGCUGCGGGUCAAGGAGAUCCUGAGCAGCCCCAGGGGCCAGGAGAUGCCAGCAAUCCUGGUCAGCAGCCUGCACAAGGAGUUUGAUGAAAGGAAGGAAUUUCUUCUGGGGAGGAAAAUAAAGAAGGUGGCCACCAAACAUGUUUCCCUCUGUGUGAAGAAAGGAGAAAUCCUAGGUUUGUUGGGACCCAAUGGAGCUGGGAAAAGCACAUUAAUUAAUAUGCUUGUUGGAGAGAUUGAGCCAACCAGUGGACAGGUUCUGAUGGGAGAUGACUCCUUGGGGCUGAGCAGUGAGGAUGACUCUGUGAAAUUCGUGGGGUACUGUCCUCAAACAAACCCUCUCUGGCCAGACAUCACACUGCAGGAGCACUUUGAGAUCUAUGGUGCUAUCAAAGGCAUGAGCCAGUCUGAUGUUAAAGAAGUCAUCAAGCGCAUCUCCAGUGUGCUGGAUCUGAAGGACCACCUGCAGAAGACGACCAAGAAGUUGGGAAUGGGGCUGAAACGCAAGCUCUGCUUUGCCCUCAGCAUGCUGGGCAACCCCCGGGUCACGCUGCUGGACGAGCCCUCCACCGGGAUGGACCCCAAAGCCAAGCAGCACAUGUGGCGGGCAAUCCGAGCAGCCUUCAAGAACAAGGAGAGAGCAGCAAUCCUCACCACACACUACAUGGAGGAGGCAGAUGCUGUGUGUGACCGUGUGGCCAUCCUGGUGUCAGGGCAGCUCAGGUGUAUAGGUACUGUCCAACACCUGAAGAGCAAGUUUGGCAGAGGAUACUUCUUGGAAAUGAAACUAAGGGAAGCAGCAGAUGUGCAGCAGGUGGAGUAUCUGCAGAGCCAGAUUCUGCACAUCUUCCCCAACGCCAGCCGCCAGGACAGUUUUGCUUCUAUCUUGGCAUAUAAAAUUCCUAAAGAAGAUGUGCAGUCGCUUUCACAUUCUUUUUCCAAGCUGGAAGAAGUAAAACACGCCUUCAACAUUGAGGACUACAGCUUUUCUCAAGCAACACUGGAGCAGGUGUUUGUGGAACUGGCUAAAGAGCAGGAGGAGGAGGAGAGCAGCUUUGGCACCCUGAACAGCAGCCUGUGGUGGGAGAGGACACAGGAGGACAGAGUCAUCUUCUGAGCUGCCAUCCUGUGCCAGCAGCAAUCCUCUCUCUGCUCCUGGAGCUGGGCUGGGCAAGGCCAGCUGCCUUUGGAAACCCUGAGCCUGCCCCAGCAUCCUGGCCUUGGGAAUAACACCACAGGAGCUGGGAGCAUCCCACUGCUCCUCUGGCUGAGCCCCAGCCCCUCUGGCUUUGUUGGCAGGAGGGCACAGCCAGGCAGUCUCCUGCUGCUGGUGGCUGAUGCAGGAGCUCCCACCUGCCUUUCCCUGGCUCUGCUGAGCCAGAGGCUGGGCUGUCCCUUGUUAAAUCCUGUGUGUCAGCAGAGCCAGCCCUGCUGGAGCAUCCUGUCCCCCUGGGCUGGUUUGCAGGGUCUGGCUGUGCCCUUGGGUGGGCACUGCUGCCCAUCCUGCACACCCAGCCCUGCCCCUGCACCAGCUCAGCCUGCCCUGCUGCUGCUCUGAAGAUGCACCUGCUUAGAAGAGAGGGGGAAAAACCACUGCAGAGUCCCUGUGCUGCUGCAAGGAGGGUCCUGAACUGCACCACCAGCUUGGCUCAGCAUCCCAGCAGGCUGGAAAUGUUCAUUUGCAGAUCAGAGUGACACUUUGAUCCAUCCCCAGCUGUGUCCUGCAUGCUGGGGGCCACAGGGGUGCACAGAGUGGGUGUGCUCCUUCUUCCCCUGCUUGGCUGAAAGGACAGAGCCAGGGCUGUGUGGCUGCAGGGGCUGCAGGGAUGUGGCUGCAGGGCUUGCAGAGCUGUGGCUGCAGGGGAUGCAGAGCUGUGGCUGCAGGGGAUGCAGGGCUGGGGCUGCAGGGGUUGCAGAGAUGUGGCUGCAGGGCUGUGGCUGCAGGGCUUGUAGGGGUUGCAGAGCUGUGGCUGCAGGGGAUGCAGGGCUGGGGCUGCAGGGGUUGCAGAGAUGUGGCUGCAGGGCUGUGGCUGCAGGGGUUGCAGAGAUGUGGCUGCAGGGCUUGCAGGGGAUGCAGAGCUGUGGCUGCAGGGCUGGCAGAGCUGUGGCUGCAGGGCUUGCAGGGGAUGCAGAGCUGUGGCUGCAGGGGAUGCAGGGCUGUGGCUGCAGGGCUGGCAGAGCUGUGGCUGCAGGGUUGCAGGGAUGUGUUUCUGCCUUGUCUCCAUUCAGAGCAGUCUCAUUCUUCCCCUGAGUGUGACCACAUGUGUCCUGCCAGCUGCUCUCACACACAGUGCUUUGGAGAUGUUUGCAUUUUCCUUGCCAGUGCAUUCAUGAGCUCCAGUGUUUUCCCAAUUCCUCAUUGUGGUUGCAGUCAGUAACACAGGGCCCAGCCUGGCACUUUGUCACCCCCCUUUGUAAAACCCCAAAUCAAAUGCUCCCACUUCACAGCCUCAUCCAUAAGAAAGGUGCCUUUGGUUUGCAUAGAAGCACUAAGAAGAGUAGAAUAGUCCUUUAGCCUGAGAUAUGGCAGAUGUAUGUUGAAAAUAUAUUAUUUUCUUGUUUUUUUCUACACAAAGCUAUCAUCACAUUUUUAGUUUUAUAAGGGGAAAUUAAAGAUUGCUCCCAGUUCAUUUUGCUCUGCAAUGAACAGAGAUGUCUUUCUAUUGAGACAUUGGCUUCAUAAGUCAUAUCAUUUAUGUAUCUUCACUUUAAAGUUAGAAAAGACCUUUGUUUUUCUUGAGAAAACUCAAAAAAAUGGGUAAAGUUGGAGUUGUGUGUCCCAGCUGUUUGUAAUUAUCAGGCAAUAAUGUGUGUGGUGUGUCUGAUAAUGGUUUAUCAGUGUGUUCAGCCCAAAUCUGUUUCCAUUAGUUUGUUAUAUGGGGAUGUGAGGUCCUUAUUCAAAAUUGUACUUCCUCUUUUGUACCCAUAGGUUGCACAGAAAUGCACAGCUUUGGGUUUGUAUUUAAAAUUAGAGCCCAAGCCCUACAGAAAGCCCUGGACAUCCCAUUUGCCUCCUCAGGGAACCCCAGCCCUGGAAAUGAGGGAUUAAAUUAAAAUUCAGGAUUAAAGCAGCUCUGCCUGACAAGGGUGAAACUUCCCUGUCAGAAAAACAAAAAACCCCAAAUUCAGGUGUUUUCUUUCUUUAACCCCAGCCUGGGAGCUCUGAGCUUUUGCCUUUAUUUGGAGCAGUUUGGGACUCAGAAUUCUCUUGGCACUUUCCCAAGCAGGUGUGUACAAGUUGAGUGCAUUUUUCCCAAAUCCCAGAUUUCUUUGGUCUCUUUUUGCCAGUGGUGUUUCAGCCAAGUGUCACCUGCCCAUCAAUCCAGCACAUUCUUGUCACAUGGGUUUAGGGAAUUAGUGUGACCUGUGAGGAGCCUUGCUGUCUGCCUUGAAUUUAUUCUUUCACUUGGAGUUAAUGGUCUGUAAAAUAGUUCUGUGCUGUCUGUUUCAGAUAUUUCCAUAUUUCCUCCCAUUUCAGAUGUGAAAACUUUGGAUUAGCUCAGUUUGGUGCUGUUGUUUAUCUUGGAGGAGCCCAGUGGGUGGUGGCACUGGUUUUUGUGCAGCUACAGAAAAGGACAAAGAAUUUGGCUCAUUAAAUUAAUUCCCAGUUUGGGUGGGAUCUUUUUGGCCUGGGUGACAUCACUUGUUAAAGUGGGGUAAAAUUCCACCCCAAAACAUCACUGUCCUCCUAUCAGAAGUGUUCCAAAGUGUCCUAAGAUAUCUGUAAAAUAAGCAAACAGGCAAAAUUAAACCAGGGAAUGCCCUGGGAACAGCAGAGCUUUAUUCCUGGCAUUGGAAGCCCCUUUGUUCAGCUGCUACCAGUGACAUUCCAAACCCCAUCCAUCCAACACACACCCAGCCUGUGCUCCCAGAAAUAAACUGGAUUUGGGUGGGAUUUGGAGUAAACCCACCAGGUUUGGGUCCCAUUCCCAGAUGCUGGAGCUGCCCUGCAGGAUUGCUGUGAGCAGUGACAUGUCCAAAGCUUGGAACACAAAUUCACUUCAUGGUGUUGUCACAAGGUUGUAUUUUUCUAUGGAGAGUUUAACGUGUCUGGUUUUGUUCAUGUUCCCAAGAAAAGUCUUUAUUUCAGAGUGUCUGUGUUUGGCAAGUGGGAUUUAUGGCACAGCCAGCAUCCAGAGCAUCCUGUGGCAGCAGGAGGUGUCAGCCUGGAGGUGACACGUUUGUGAUGCUGCUGCUGCUGCUGCACCACGUGCAGUUCAUUUUACACACUUGCCUUCCUUCCAGCACUUGGCUGUACUUGUAAAGGUGAGGAUUUUCCCUUUCCCAGCAGGAAGUACUUCCAAAAUAAAGAUGGAUUGGAUUGUUACA